AUGCGCAUCGCUUCCAUUGCGCUGCCAUUCGCCGGCAGCUGCCUCUGUGCAGAGCCGAAAGUCGAAAGGUUGGCGACUGGAUUUCGAUUUACGGAAGGACCCGCGCUGGCCCUCGACGGCUCGGUCUACUUCACAGAGAUCUUUACAAGGAGGACUUAUCGUUGGCUGCAAGCUGGUGAGGUCGGUGAGGUCGUUCUUUUUCAAGAAGAGAACGGCCAAGCGAACGGCCUAGCCUUUGACACCGAUGGCAACCUCUUCAUUUGCGAACAGCACACCAGAAGGAUUUCGAAAUUAACCAGCGAUGGUGAUUUAGUCAAGCUAAUCGAUACUUUCGAGGGCAAGAAGCUAAAUAGCCCAAAUGACUUGUUUCUGUCUCCAAAUGGUGGGAUCUAUUUUACGGAUCCCAGAUUCACCAAUCGCGAGUCGAUGGAGCUCGAUCAUGAAUCGGUCUACUUCCUGAAUUCGAGAGGUCUUCUGGCAUUGGCAGCUGAUGGACUGGUUCGCCCAAACGGAAUCGUGGGCACCCCGUGCGGGAAGUGGCUUUAUGUCGGCGAUCAGAGCGACAGGAAGACCUUCCGCUAUAGAGUUGCUAACAACGGCUCACUGUCAGGUCGCAUGCUAUUUGCAGACCAAGGUUCGGAUGGCAUGGCAAUCGACAGUAAGGGAAACCUCUACCUGACUGACGAGGGCGUGGAUAUCUAUUCCCCCGAAGGUGAACACCUGAAAUCUGUGAGGCUUCCGGAAAAACCAACGAAUGUUGCGAUCCUCUCCGAGUCGCCCGUCGUGAUUUUCGUCACGGCUCGGGCUUCAAUCUUUCGAGUCAUUAUCGAACGAUAG